AUGUCUCUAUCGAUAUAUUCGGGUUGUACGUCGAUUAUCGUUAUUUCAUUAUGUUUUUUAUACGUACCGUAUUUAUUUAAUCGAAUGGCAAAAAUUAAAAAUGAUUUAAGUAUUAAAAUGGAUGCAUUCAAGGUACUGGAAAAUGAAGUGUGGACUGAGAUGAUGAUAGCAAGACAAAUUGAACGCGCACGACCAAGAAAAACACGGCAAGUCGGACCCCAGUGUCAAUGCGACACUGGCGAAAGAUGCCCACCUGGUCCACCAGGACGUCCUGGUGCACCUGGUAUUCCCGGUGUACCUGGUCAACAAGGACCCAGAGGUCCUCCUGGAGCACCAGGUAUCGUGCCACCUAUGGAUUUCACACCGCCAACUGGUUGCAAAACUUGCCCACCGGGACCAGUUGGACCACCUGGACCACCAGGAAUGGCUGGACCCCCAGGCGAAAAAGGAAUGCCUGGGAACCCUGGCCAAGAUGCUCGACCUGGAAACAAUGGAGCAAUGGGACCACCAGGACCACCAGGUCCACCUGGCAUGGACGGCAAGCCAGGUUUGCCAGGUCCGCCUGGAGCUGACGGUGUUGCUGGUCGCAAAGGACCUCGUGGCCCACCAGGACCAAAUGGUAUGCCAGGACCGAAAGGACAGCAAGGACCUCCAGGAAAUCCAGGAAACGCAGGUCAACCAGGAAUUCCAGGGCAGCAAGGAGAUGCGGGUCCAGAUGGUGCACCAGGCCAACGCGGUCAACCAGGACCACCAGGACCACCAGGACCACCAGGAAAGGAUGCUCAAUAUUGUCCAUGUCCUAAACGUACCAUGUCUGUUCUUAUCAAAGCGAAAAAGCGAUCAUAA